AUAUAAAAAAUAAUCCUACCUUCUUUUUUUCUAAAACCCAAAAAACUUCUCCUGAAACCAAAUCUAAUUUUUUAAAUGCCGUAUCUCAAAUUAAAAGUACUGAUCCAGUAUUGCAAAACAACACCAACACACAAGAUGAUCCUGACAAUGCCAAUACACAAGAUGAUUCUGACAAUACCAAUAUACAAGAUGAUCCUGACAAUGGCAAUAAACCAACUAUUAUUGAGUAA